UUCUUUAUAUCCACUUUCCAAUCAUUUCUUGAAUCGGAUUACAUUCAAUGUGUCACUCGCACCAGCCAGCCAGCGUGCCCAGUGCACGAGGAUGAAGCGUUUUGAUAGCAGGGUGUAACACAACAUAGAGGGAUCUCGCGUAGCGUUAUUUAACGCGCCCACCUGGACUGUAUAUAAUACAUUUUUCAACGGUGUUUUCCUUGGAAGUUAGUCAACGAUGGACCUGCACAUCUUGGACCACAGGUUAAGAGUCACUUGUAUCAGCAAAUCUGGUCUGGAACAUUACACCCACCCUCUGAUCAAGCUGAUAUUUUUAAGAAACAGGACGAGAUGCAAAUUUUUCAGCCUCACAGAAACUCCGGAAAAUUACACCGUUGUCCUUGAUGAAGAGGGAUUUAAAGAGCUACAACUGUCUGAACACUUACAGGUGGAGGGCUCUACUUGGCUCCCGCUCAAUGUCGUCUCCAAUGGCAACGCCUCCAGCAGCUCACAGGCCGUUGGUGUCACCAAGAUCGCCAAGUCUGUUAUUGCGCCAUUAGCUGAGCAGCAUGUAUCCGUGUUCAUGCUCUCUACGUAUCAGACCGACUUUAUUCUGGUGCGGGAGAAAGACCUCUCGGUGGUGGUGGGGACUCUAGUGGAGGAGUUUAAUAUUUUCCGAGAAGAGGGGGGAAAGUCAGUGCCUGUCCACAGUCAGGACGCCUGCAAUGGCCUUCAUCGAAAUGGAAGAGAGGCUCCGCAUGCCACAGUUCAUCCAGUGCUGAUUCCUGAGAAUCAGUUUUGCGUAAUGAGUUUGGAUCCGGAUACUCUGCCAGCGAUCGCCACCACCCUCAUAGAUGUUCUGUUUUACUCGAACAGUCCUAAAGAGGGCGCCAGUGUUGAGCAGGACAUGGAAUGUAUCAAGUUCUUCUCCUUCUCUCUGAUUGAUGGAUACGUCUCAUUGGUGAUGGACACAGAAGCACAGAGACAAUUCCCAGCUGAUCUCCUCUUCACCAGCUCCUCUGGUGAGCUCUGGAGGAUGGUGAGAAUAGGAGGGCAGCCUCUCGGCUUCGAUGAAUGUGGGAUAGUUGCUCAGAUCUCUCAGCCUCUUGCCGACAGUGAUAUAUCAGCGUAUUACAUCAGCACCUUCAGCUUUGAUCAUGCUCUAGUGCCAGAAGAAGAUAUUGUGAGCGUGACAGAGAUGCUCCAAGCUCAGAGGAAAGACAUGUCCAGUUGAGGCUGCGGUCGAAUGCAUCUUCAGCUUAUAGACGGUAGAAAAAGACCACUAACACAGUAUUACUCCACAUGACUGUCUUAUAAUCAGAGGUGUUUCAGUCACAGCAUUUGAGCUUGGGUUUUAAAAAAAAAAAAGAAGGCCUAAACGUUUGCUUUUGCAGAAACAUGCAUUGCUGAUAAAAUCUCAUUACUGAGAAUCAAAGUAUUUACAUGACUGAUUUGAAAGGACAUUGAUACAGCGUUUUAAUGCUAGACUGUUUGAAGCACUUUUUUCUCAACGUAAUUGUAAUAUUAGAGGACGCUAUUGAUUUUGUAUGUUUGCAGGGGUAAUUAUAAUGCAUAACCAGAAAUCCCUGUUUGGUUUACCUAUUGCCAUUAUGUUCCGUAAAAAAAAUACUUUGAGUAUUGCACAAAU